AUGUUCUACCAAAAAAUUAUUCCAAAACUAAGCGAAGAAAGAUUCGAGAUAUCUACUAUUCCAACUGUAUAUCCUGAUCCAGAAACUACCAAUAUUCCUGCUUUACUUUUACCUCCUUCUUGUUCAAUUCCUGCUUUUAACGGAUCUUCCAUGUCAGCAGAACCAUUUUCCUUUGAUCCAUUCUCAGAAACAUACGAUAAAGAUUUUUUUAAUGCAAAUAGAUUUUAUAAUCCUGUAGCCAAUCUUAAAACAAAUAUGAAUGUAAUUUUGAAUCCAACUUCAAGGAUUGAAAAAAUCGAUGAAUUGGAGAAUCAAGCCUUAAAUGGCCUUCUUUCUUUAAAGGACCAUAAUUCACUGAAUAUUAUCAAUAAGAAUCAAUGCCACUAUAAUUUUGAAAUAUGUAGUCAAGAUCCUAAUUUUAUUAUUGUUCAUCAAGAAUUUGAUUUUGAUUAUGAUGAUAGCAGCAGCGGUUCGGAUAAUGAAAGUGAGGUUGAUAUUGUCUCUGACUAUAAUGAAGAAGAUUAUUGGGAAGAAGAACUUCCAGAGGUUCAGACAGAUGAAUGUGAGAUUGAAACUCAUCAUUUGUCUAUAUCUCCAAUAAGAAUAGAAAAUGUAGUUCCAGAUAAUCGGGGGGACAUAAUUGUUACCACCAAUAGACCAUGUCUAAUGAACCUACUUUUCAAUGACGGAGAGACAGAAAAUUCAUGCACUUUACCGAAACUAGAGGAAAAGCCUUCUAUUUUAAGUAGAAAAAGAAGAAUAUCUUCAAAUGACACUAUAUUCGAGAAGAGAGUAAGGUGUAAUAAUAAACAACAUCUCCCAAAAAAGAUUAAAGAAGGAAAAUUGUCAUCUUCAAACAAGAAUCGUAACCCAUUUGGACAAUGUCUCCAUUGUGGUGACACUGAGACUCCAGAAUGGAGGAAAGGUCCAUCUGGACCAACUAGUUUAUGUAAUGCCUGUGGAUUGUUUUAUAAGAAGUUACUUGAAAAGAGUACUCUCGAGGAUGCAAACUUGUUAAUGAAAGAACGUUUCAAUUCGAAUCCAUACAAUAGAAGAAUUCCGAAAGGUUAUGGACUUUAA